CCUCCGCUAGAAGCAGGGCUCCGGAGGAGAGGGUGCCCAGGAGGAGGAGGACCUUCAGAGGGCGUCAUCCCCAGGGAUCGGAGAUGCCUCACUGAUCACAGACGCGCCCACAGGUUCCCAGGCGGUUCUCGGCUGUUCCCUGAGAGCCCGUGGACGCCACUCGAGAUGUCCCCUUUUGGUGGCUGGGGACUGCUCUCGGCCUUCCUCGCCCUGCUCUGCUGCACAGGGUCUGGCGAGGAGGCAUUCGAGGUACGCAUGUGGCCAGAGCAGCUGAUGGUGGAGUCCGGGGAGUCUCAGGUGAUUAACUGUAGUACCACCUGUACCCAGCCCAACACCGGUGGUCUGGAGACCACCCUACACAAGACUCUCCUGGAGGAACAGGAUCAGUGGAAGCUGUUUGAGGUCUUCAACAUCUCCCAGGACACAGAUGUCAUUUGCCAUUUCACUUGCUCCGGGAAGCAGGAGUCCAAGAGCCUGAACAUCAGUGUGUUCCACCCUCCAAAGCAAGUGCUGCUGAAGUUAUGGCCCACUUUAGUGGCUGUAGGGAGGUCAUUCACCAUCCAGUGCAGGGUGCCCUCUGUGGCACCCCUCGAAGGUCUCACUGUCACCCUGCUCCAUGGCAGUGAGAUCGUAUACAGCCAGACCUUUGUGGGGACAACACCUUCCCCCCAAGAGGCCAUGGUCACCCACAACACCACGGCUCACCGGGAAGACGACCGCCACAACUUCUCCUGCCGGGCCGAGAUGGACCUGCGCUCUCGCGGCGGGGACCUCAUUCACAGCGUCUCAGAUCCCCAGGCGCUCGACGUCUAUGAGCCCGCACAAGACAACCAGGUGGUGGCCAUCAUCACGGUCGUGUCAGUGCUGCUCUUCUUGUUUGUGACAUCUGUCCUGCUGUGCUUUGUCUUUGGGCAGCAGUGGCACCAGAGACGGACAGGUACCUACGGGGUGCAAGCUGCCUGGAGGAGGCUGAGGUGGGCCUACCGGGCAUAGCCUACGUGAGCGGCAUGGCCACCAGCACGGCGGCCACUGGGACUCAGCAUGGCUCCUUAGGGCUGUGGUUCAGCCCUGGCUGAAGGACCACGACCAGCAGCAGAGGACGUCAGGGACCCUCCCUUUCCUAGUCUGAAUACAAACACCUGGACUUAACCCUGUGCCUCAGUGUCUCCUCCUGGGAAUGGUCAGGAAGGGAGCCACCAGGCCCAGCCGGACUUCGGUCUCCAAAUGUCCCCUCAGCCUCCCUCCACCCUCUCCUUCACGGGGGACUUCCAGAGCCCCGGGGAGCCCAGGCCCUGGGGCACCCCCAUGCUGACCAGCCCAGGCACCAGACGCCCACCCUCAUCGGACACUGAGCGACUCAUUCCUACUGAGGGUGGGUGGGGAGAUGCACCAUGGCCCAGAGGGGCAGAGAGACACUCUGUUCCCACGUGGCCCUCUGGGACCGCAGGCCCUCUGUGUCAGAGCAGGGCAUGGCUCUGACCUUUCCUUUCUGUCAACAGAGCUAGCUUCCAGGGGUAAGCAUGGGGGCCCCAAGGGCUCAGCUUCAGGAUCUCCUCAGCCAGGCCUCCCCCAUCACUCUGGGCCUGCAGAGAGCCACGGACAACAAACGCUGUCCUCGCCUCUUACCUCCUGCUCGGUUAUUGGGCCAACCCGAGACGCCGCAGCGCUGGCCAUCCCCGGGGUGGGGGGUGAGGGAGUGGAGGUCGAGGGAGGGCUCUGGUUCCCAGGCCUCUGCCAGCCCAGGCAGCAAUCACUGGGACAGGGUUGGGCUGUUAUGUGACCGCCAGGGCCUGGACACUGCUCUAACGGGCUCUCACCCUGAAGCAGAGAUCAGGCUGGUUCAAGGUCUCCGUGGGGUAGAGAGGGGACUGACUGACCUCGGGGAGAGGGCCUAGUUGGGGCUGAGGGUGUAAGAAGGGCUGCCAGACAUAGGUUCAGGGUUAGAAAAGCACUAGCGGGGCACACAGGGGCUCCAGGGCUAUUUCCAGCUCUGCGAUGCAGCUGGCAUGGGUCCUGGGGCUGACGUCUGUCCUCACGGUAGGCUCUCGGCAUCAUAGUAGUCUGGGGGGAGACAGCACCCUCAUCGUGACUCCCUCCUGCCUCAGUGGAGCCCAAGGAGGAAACUGGAACGGGAUAGGCCGGUUGUCUGCGGCCAUGACAGUAGGGGCCCUCAGCCCCACAGGGCGCAUGGCCUUCCUGGCCUUCUGAUCCACCGCCAGGCCUGGGCCCCACUGCCCACCCAC